UGGCUGCCACGUCAGCUGCUUCCGCCCCGACCCCGUGUGCGGCGAGAACGGGGUCACGUACUGGUGCGGGUGCCCCGAGGCCGCGUGCGCCGGAGCGCGCGUGGCGAAGAGGGGGUUCUGCGGCGUUGGCAAUGGCGGCGCCGGCCCCGUCUCGGGCCAGGCCCUCCUCCUCGUCCACAUCGUGUGGCUCUUCGUCCUCGGCUUCGCCGUCCUCUUCGGGUUCCUAUGAUCCCCCUUUCUUCCUCCUCUCAAUGCCCUAACUCCCCGGUAUUUCAUGUUUUGUUUGUGUUUUUUUGUACCUGAUCUUUUCUCUUACCUGUUAAAUCUUUCUUUCUCUGUGUUCUUGCAUGUGUAUGAGGCAGAGCUCAUCAUUCGAUUCACUUUUUUCUUUUUUUUUGUUUUGAGCUUGUGAUUUUUGAGAUAUUGAUUGUGGUAAAUAUAACCUGAUUCUUUUCUUGAUCUGAA